CCUUUAAUCAAUUCAAGGACUCUAUAGCAACAUGAGCCGUGUGGCUCUGGCGAACAAAAUGCAAGAGCUUCUUGCGCACCACGCACAGGAGAUCGACGCUCUGGAAAAUAGUAACGACCAUCACUGCAUCAACGAUACCGUGGACGAUCGCGACUACAGGGAUCUCAUGCAGCUUCUGACAGCUCGGCAUGACCAUGCGAAUCCGCCAUCCUGCCGUUCACGCAGCGCCGCCCGCGCGACGAGCGUUUCUCUUUCCAUGAAACACUCCGGCAACGAGGCGGCUGAUGCAGAAGACUGGGAGCGCUCCAAAGAUGAAGCCCUUGGGGGUAUCGCGGCAACUCUUCUCGUCGCCCACACCGCCCGAAAGGCUCCAGAAGGGACACCACAUCAUGCCGAUACAACCUCGGAGGGCAUGAAGGAGUCGCUUCGCGUGCUAGCAGAGGGUGGAGUUUGCGGAGAGGCGUUUAGAAACAUGCGGUUGCGUAUCUUAGAGCAACUGCGGUCGGUGCAGGGGGAGCGGGGCCUCUCAUAAUGGUUUCGGAUUAUCCCAUCGCAUUCUAACCGAAGUGUUGCCAAGGAUUAUCUUUUGCCUGUGGCGGGGUAUGAAAUAAAAAGUAGCUUUAAUGUAAUAUAUCAGAACCUUUUUGAAUGUCGCGGUUCAUGCAGGUUACUUUUUCCCCCUCAAGGUUUGUUCAUGCGUAGAAAGAGCGUAGUUCAUCGUGAUACCGUUGUGUUUCUGGCUUAUAUGAUCCCUUCUUCUCUGUAAAAGAAAAAAGAUGUUUGGCUUCCAAUUUUUGGGCGCAUGGCUUUUGGAGCAGU